CUCCGCGUUUUCUAAAACCCUAACGCCUAGCUAAUAUCAUCUUCACUUCACUGUAAGCAACUCCCAUCUCCAACAUCCGAUCUCGAAGGAAGCUCAGCCAAGCGUGCUAAGUUUACUGGGAUCGACCCGCAUUCAGGAUGGCAGAUACUCAGGUGGAUUCACUCGUUGCCAUCGCCGGGUCAGUCUCCACUUCAUCAACCAAGAAACGGGUCCGAAUCUUCCGUGAUGAAAUCCCUCCGAUUCUCGAUAGUUCAGAGAUGUCUCCCGAGCUUAUAUCCUUGUUGGUGGACGUAAUCUUUAAAACUCUGGUUUCUUAUGAUGACCAUGGGUCAAGGAAAGCUGUGGAUUAUGUGAUUACAAAGGGCUUCAGCAACAUAAUGUUCAUGAAAAGUUUCGCAGCAGCCAUAGUUCAGGCCAUGGAAAAGCAGUCAAAGGUCCAAUCUCAUGUCGGUUGCUACCGGCUUCUGAAAUGGUCGUGCCUUCUUCUAACAAAGAGUCAAUUUGCUUCAGUUUCAAAGACUGCAGUAUGUAGACUAGCUGCAGUGCAGGCAUCUCUGCUUCAUAUUAUUAUGCAAAAAUCUUUCCGGGAGCGAAGGGCUUGCAAGCAAAUGUUCUUUCACCUUUUCUCACAGUCGCCAGAUGUCUACGAAACCUAUCUGGAUGAAUUGAAGUGUGCAAGGAUUCCUUACAAAGAUAGUCCUGAAUUGCUAAAUCUACUGUUGGAGUUUUCUAGAUCUUCACCUUCUUUCGGAAAAGUGAAGGCAAUGUUCAUUGAUAUUUAUGUUAAAGCAGUUUUAAGUUCAAAAGAAAAGCCAUCGAGGGGGCUUAGCGAAUCCUUUCUCCCUCUUUUCUUGCAAAUGUCACAUGAGGAUUUUCUAAAUGAUGUGUUCCCUCCUUUGGUGAAAAUGUUGAAGCGGAAUCCUGAGAUUUUGCUGGAAGCCGUGGCUAUUCUCUUGAAAGCGGUCUCCAUUGAUAUGAGCAAGUUCGCUGUUGAACUUCUUUCAGUGAUAUUGUCACAGGCACGGCAUUCUGAAGAAAGUAGAAGGCUAGGGGCAUCAGCCAUAGUGCGAUGUUUGAGCCAAAAGUCUAGUAAUCCUGAUGCUUUAGAAGCUAUGUUUAAUGCUGUUAAAGCUGUAAUUGGAGGCUCCGAGGGGAGGCUUCAGUUUCCUUACCAGAGGAUCGGCAUGUUUAAUUCUCUGCGAGACUUGUCAUAUGGACCAGAUGGGAAAUAUUUGAACAACAUAUCUUGUACAGUCUGUAGAUUUCUUUUGUCAUGCUACAAGGAUGAAGGGAAUGAAGAUGUGAAACUCACAAUUUUGACAGCCAUUGGGUCCUGGGCAGCUCGAUCAGUGGAUGCUGUUCAACCCGAUUUAGUGUCUUUCAUUGCUUCUGGUCUGAAAGAGAAGGAGGCUUUAAGGCGGGGACAUCUUCGUUGUCUAAGAGUCAUAUGCCAAAACCCUGAUGCAAUAUUACAGAUCUCAUCUCUGCUUGGCCCCCUCAUUCAACUUGUCAAAACUGGAUUCACUAAAGCAGUGCAACGUUUGGAUGGUGCAUAUGCACUGCUUAUUGUAGGAAAAAUUGCAGCUUCUGAUAUCAAAGCAGAGGAGAAUUUGGUGAAGGAAAAGAUCUGGUCCUUGAUAUCCCAGAAUGAACCUUCAGUUGUUCAAAUUUCUAUGGUUUCAAAAUUGUCAGUCGAAGAUUGCAUGGCUUGCGUUGAUCUUCUUGAAGUGUUGUUAGUGGAACAUUCACGGAGAGUGCUCGAAGCUUUUCCAAUAAAAUUGAUUUUACAGCUGUUGAUCUUCUUGCUAUGCCAUCCAAGCUGGGACAUUCGGAAAAUGUCACAUAUGGCUACUAGAAAAAUAGUUAUGGCUUCUCCGCAAUUGUCAGAACCUGUUCUGGUCGAAUUCAAACACUUCCUCUCUGCGGUUGGAGAGAAACUAUCUGUUUCAAUGAUGGGUGAUGCAGAUACUACAUUGGAUGCUCAAUUUCCAUUUGUUCCAUCAGUUGAGAUUUUGGUGAAGGCUUUUUUUCUUAUAUCUUCUGUGGCACUUGCAUCUUCUCCAAGUGUGUGUGAGCAUAUAUUGUUCUGCUCACAUCAUCCGUGCAUUCUGGGAGUUGCUAAAAGAGAUGCUGUUUGGAAGAGGCUUCAUAGGUGCCUGCGGACACAAGGGUUUGAUGUGAUUGCCACUGUUUCUGCUGGUGCGGAAAAGUUAUGCAAGGGCCUCCUUGGACUAGGGGGGUUGACGAGUCCAAAUGUACUUGAACAGGAAGCAGCUAUAAAUUCGGUGUCAACAUUGAUGUCCAUAAUUCCGAGAGACACUUAUUUGGAGUUCGAGAAGCAUUUGGAAAGUCUGCCAGAUCGAUAUUCACAUGACUUGCUGUCACCAAGUGAUAUUCAGAUUUUUCAGACUCCUGAUGGGAUGCUUUCUGGUGAGCUUGGUGUUUAUGUUGCUGAAUCUGUUAAUUCCCAGAACUCAAAGCAGAACCAUGUUAUUUCGAAUCACUCUGUGAAGAGGGAACCAGCGGCUGCAGGGAAAAAGGAUUCAGGAAAAGCAAUAAAGAAGGCUGAUAAAGGGAAAACAGCAAAGGAAGAGGCACGCGAGUUAUUGCUAAAGGAGGAGGCUUCUAUACGUGAGAGGGUACAAGCCAUACAAAGGAAUCUGUCUUUGAUGCUGAGAGCUCUUGGUGAAAUGGCUAUAUCUAAUCCUGUGUUUGCACACAGUCAGUUACCUUCACUGGUGAAGUUUGUCGACCCUUUGCUGCGAUCACCUGUUGUUGGUGAUGUGGCCUAUGAGACAUUGGUAAAGCUUGGAAGAUGUUCUGCUCACCCUCUUUGUAAUUGGGCCCUUGAUAUUGCCACUGCUUUGCGCCGAAUAGCGACCGAGGAAGUUAGUAUCGAAUUGGAUCUGAUACCCUUUACUGGCGAAGGGGAGUCCCAUUCAGUACCAACACCUGGGAUCUUUGAGAGAAUUGUUAACGGCUUAUCUACAUCUUGCAAAUCUGGACCUCUUCCUGUAGACUCAUUCACUUUUGUUUUUCCAAUAAUGGAGCGGAUUCUAUUAUCCUCUAAGAGGACUGGACUCCAUGAUGACGUGCUGCGAGUUAUAUACAUGCACAUGGAUCCUCUAUUACCCCUUCCCAGGCUCAGGAUGCUGUCGACUCUUUAUCAUGUUCUCGGGGUUGUUCCUGCCUAUCAAGGAUCUAUUGGACCAGCAUUGAAUGAGUUGUGCCUUGGUUUGCGGCCAGAAGAAAUUGCCCCUGCUUUAUAUGGUGUCUAUGCUAAGGAGGUUCAUGUGAGAAUGGCCUGCUUAAAUGCCAUAAAAUGCAUUCCUGCUGUUUCCAGCCGCUCUAUUCCUCAACAUGUGGAAGUAGCUACUGGCAUUUGGAUUGCUUUGCAUGAUCCUGAAAAGUCGAUUGCUGAAGCUGCAGAGGAUAUCUGGGAUCGCUAUGGGCAUGAGAUUGGGACAGACUAUUCUGGACUUUUCAAAGCACUUUCACAUGUUAAUUAUAAUGUUCGGUUAGCUGCUGCAGAGGCAUUAGCUGCUGCAUUAGAUGAAAAUUCUGAUUCAAUACAGGAGACUCUUUCUACUUUAUUUUCAUCAUAUCUGCGGGAUGUUGGUGGCGGAGACAGUAAUGUUGAUGCUGGUUGGCUUGGUAGACAAGGAGUAGCAUUGGCUUUGCAUUCAGCUGCAGACGUUCUGAGAACGAAGGAUCUUCCUGUUGUUAUGACCUUCCUCAUAUCUCGAGCUUUGGCAGAUACCAACACAGAUGUUCGUGGUAGAAUGAUCAAUGCUGGUGUUCUGAUUAUCGACAGGCAUGGAAGAGAUAACGUUUCCUUGUUAUUUCCAAUCUUUGAGAACUAUUUAAACAAAAAGACCAUGGAUGAAGAGAAGUAUGAUUUAGUUCGUGAAGGUGUAGUCAUAUUCACAGGGGCUCUGGCAAAACAUCUAGCUCAGGACGACCCUAAAGUUCAUGCCGUUGUUGAGAAACUGCUGGAUGUUCUAAAUACACCCUCAGAAGCGGUUCAGAGGGCAGUAUCAGACUGUUUAUCCCCACUAAUGCAGUCAAUGAAAGGUGAUGCUCCUGCUCUUCUUUCACGACUGUUGGACCAACUGAUGAAGAGCGACAAAUAUGGUGAUCGCCGUGGCGCAGCUUUUGGACUGGCUGGAGUGGUUAGGGGAUUUGGGUUAUCUUGCUUGAAAAAGUAUGGAAUCAUUGCGACAUUAAGGGAAGGUCUUGUUGACAGGAAUUCUGCAAAAUCACGAGAAGGAGCCCUCUUAGCUUUUGAGUGCUUGUGUGAAAAGCUAGGGAAAUUGUUUGAACCUUAUGUCAUCCAAAUGCUACCGGUGCUAUUGGUUUCCUUCUCAGAUCCAGUUGUUGCUGUUCGCGAGGCAGCUGAAUGUGCUGCUCGGGCAAUGAUGGCUCAACUAAGCGUGAUGGGUGUCAAACUUGUGCUUCCAUCACUUUUAAAGGGUCUUGAGGACAAAGCUUGGCGUACGAAGCAAAGCAGUGUCCAGCUACUUGGUGCAAUGGCAUACUGUGCUCCGCAGCAGCUUUCUCAGUGCCUUCCAGCAAUAGUGCCUAAACUGACGGAGGUAUUGACAGAUACACACCCUAAAGUUCAGUCGGCUGGACAAACAGCAUUGCAGCAGACAACAUUUAUUAAUUCCAUUGAUGCUCCUUCACUUGCACUGCUGGUCCCUAUAGUCCAUAGAGGAUUGAGGGAGAGGAGUGCAGAAACCAAAAAGAAAGCUGCACAAAUAGUUGGAAACAUGUGUUCGUUGGUCACAGAAUCAAGGGAUAUGAUUCCUUACAUUGGUUUGCUUCUUCCUGAAGUGAAAAAGGUUCUUGUAGAUCCAAUUCCCGAAGUUCGCUCAGUUGCAGCACGGGCGCUUGGAUCUCUUAUCAGAGGGAUGGGUGAAGAGAAAUUCCCAGAUCUUGUUCCUUGGUUGUUUGAUACUCUUAAAUCUGAUGGUAGCAAUGUUGAGAGAUCUGGGGCAGCUCAGGGGUUGAGUGAGGUGUUGGCUGCACUUGGUGUAGAUUACUUUGAGCACACACUUCCAGAUAUAGUUCGAAACUGUUCUCACCAGAGGGCAUCUGUGCGUGAUGGAUAUCUGACGCUUUUCAAGUAUUUACCAAGGUCAUUGGGGGUUCAAUUCCAGAACUAUUUGCAGCAAGUAUUACCUGCCAUCAUAGAUGGUCUCGCUGACGAGAAUGAAUCUGUACGUGAAGCAGCAUUAGGUGCUGGCCAUGUCCUAGUGGAGCACUAUGCAACAACAUCCUUACCUCUUCUUCUUCCGGCUGUUGAGGAUGGUAUUAUCAAUGACAAUUGGCGUAUCAGACAAAGCUCUGUCGAGCUGUUGGGUGAUCUCUUGUUCAAGGUUGCUGGAACUUCUGGAAAAUCUUUGCUGGAGGGAGGCAGUGAUGAUGAAGGUGCCAGUACUGAAGCGCAAGGGCGUGCCAUUAUUGAGGUUUUGGGGAGAGAUAAGCGUAAUGAAGUGCUGGCUGCAUUGUACAUGGUCCGGUCAGAUAUCAGUUUAUCUGUCCGUCAGGCUGCCCUGCACGUAUGGAAAACUAUUGUGGCAAAUACUCCCAAAACUCUGAAGGAAAUAAUGCCAGUAUUAAUGAAUACUCUAAUAGCUUCACUUGCAUCAUCGUCAUCAGAAAGGCGGCAGGUUGCUGGACGUUCGUUGGGUGAACUUGUUCGGAAGCUUGGUGAAAGAGUACUUCCUUUGAUUAUCCCAAUCUUGUCGCGGGGGCUGAAGGAUCCUGAUUCCGGCAGAAGACAAGGUGUAUGCAUUGGUCUAAGUGAAGUGAUGGGAAGUGCAGGGAGGAGUCAGUUAUUGAGUUUCAUGGAUGAUCUUAUCCCAACCAUAAGGGUUGCCCUUUGUGACAGCGCACUAGAGGUUCGCGAGUCUGCUGGCCAAGCAUUUAGUACCCUUUACAAGAGUGCUGGAAUGCAAGCAAUCGAUGAGAUAGUCCCUACUCUGCUCCAUGCCCUAGAAGACGAUGAAACUUCUGACACUGCUCUGGAUGGCCUGAAACAAAUCUUAAGUGUUAGGACAGCGGCUGUGCUACCUCACAUUUUGCCUAAGCUGAUCCAUCCUCCUCUAACAGCCUUCAAUGCGCAUGCCUUAGGGGCCCUAGCAGAGGUUGCUGGACCAGGUCUUAAUGUUCAUCUUGGAACUGUACUUCCUCCUUUACUCUCAGGAAUGGGCGAUGAUAAUAAUGAGGAAGUUCAAAAUAUGGCUAAGGAAGCUGCGGAAACAGUGGCCUUGGUGAUAGAUGAAGAAGGUGUCGAGUUUUUACUGGGAGAGCUUCUUAAAGCUGUUGGAGAUAAUCAGGCUUCAAUCAGAAGAAGUUCAUCAUAUCUGAUUGGAUACUUGUUCAGAAAUAGCAAAUUGUACUUGGUUGAUGAAGCUCCAAACAUGAUAUCUACUCUCAUUGUUUUGCUAAGUGAUUCUGAUGCUGCAACGGUUGAGGUUGCUUGGGGAGCUUUAUCGGCGGUUCUUGAUUCUGUUCCCAAGGAGCUACUUCCUUCAUAUAUGAAACCAGUACGGGAUGCCGUAUCAACGGCUAGAGAUAAAGAACGCAGGAGAAAGAAGGGAGGAUCAGUUCUUAUUCCAGGCUUCUGUCUGCCUAAAGCACUCAGGCCAUUGCUUCCGAUAUUUCUCCAGGGUUUGACGAGUGGUUCUGCCGAGCUCAGAGAGCAAGCUGCACUUGGGCUUGGGGAGCUUAUUGAAGUGACUAGUGAACAGGUUUUGAAAGAGUUUGUCAUACAAAUCACUGGGCCUCUAAUCCGUAUCAUAGGGGACCGCUUCCCCUGGCAAGUGAAAAAUGCAAUUUUAUCUACGUUAAUUAUCAUGAUAAGAAAGGGUGGCAUAGCCCUGAAGCCUUUUCUUCCUCAACUUCAAACAACUUUUAUAAAGUGCCUACAGGACAGUACCAGAAUGGUUCGAACAAGUGCUGCCCUUGCACUUGGGAAACUUAGUGCGCUAAGUACUAGGGUUGAUCCUCUCGUGAACGACCUUUUAUCAAGUUUACAGGCAUCCGAUUCUGGUGUAAGGGAGGCAAUACUUGCAGCUCUAAAAGGUGUCCUAAAGCAUGCUGGUAAGGGUGUGAGUGGUGCUGUCAGAGUUCGUGUCUACAGUCAACUGCAGGAUUUGAUUAGUCACGAUGAAGACCAAACUCGAAUAUCUGCUGCCAGCAUGUUGGGCAUCACGUCACAAUACAUGGACGAUUCCCAGCUGGCCGACCUGUUUCAGCAGCUAGCGGACCUGCUGUUACCUUCUUCAAAUUGGGUAUCUAGGCAUGGAUCAAUACUAACUAUUGCAUCCAUGCUCAGUUACAAUCCUUCGUCUGUUGUUAAUAGCCCAGAAUUCCCAUCCGUUUUAGACUUUCUGAAACGCUCGUUGAAGGAUGAAAAGUUUCCUCUUCGCAAAACUUCAACUAAGGCAGUAGGAAGGCUAUUGCUGCAUCAGAUUGGAAGUGAGCCUUCAAAAGCCUCCACAUGUGUUGAUUUGCUUUCAUGUCUAGUUGGAUCAUUGAACGAUGACUCAAGUGAAGUGAGGAAAAAGGCCUUAUCUUCUAUCAAAGCUGUUGCAAAGGCAAGUCCUUCCUUUGUGAUAGCCAAUAUUUCAUUGGUUGGUCCUGCACUUGCUGAAUGUCUGAAAGAUGGUAGCACGCCAGUGAGGCUUGCUGCAGAAAGAUGUAUCCUCCACACAUUCCAGUUAUCAAAAGGCGCAGAAAAUGUUCAGGUUGCUCAGAAAUUUAUCACUGGCUUGGAUGCUAGACGACUUGCGAAGUAUCCUGAACAGAGCGAUGCCAGCGACGACAGUGACGAUGAUUCCACAAGUCUCUGAAGUGCUUAGGGAAACUAAAAACGAACUUUGUGGCAGCCAGUUUUUUGUCAUAUAGGAACACAUAGCUACUCGCAGAUACAUAGGCAGUAGAGAAAUUUUGGGAUCCAAAUUUUCGUUGCUGUGGUUGAGCUUUUGAAAUCAGUAUCUAAUGAGUUGUGGAUAUAUAGAUAAAGAAUUAGCUCCUCCCUACAGUCGAUUUUGAUUGAAAUACAAGAGUCAUAACUGCUCUAGAGUAAAAUGUCUGUGAUUUGAACAGGAAACUUUGGGUAGUCACUGUUUUGUUCAGAUACUGGGCAAGGAACCUGGUCUAUUUACUCCUGUGAGGAGUUACCAUACCGAUUUGGGAUGAGCGGUUCUCUUGUUGAAUGUAACAGCUUUUAGUGAACAAAUUUAUGCUGAUGCUGAAGUUGUUAACCUUCUCCUCUGCUUUCACCUUUGUUCGUUAUUGCUUCAGCCUAUCGCAUGGAUCGAC